AUGAAGCUGGUCACCAUCAAGGCGCUCGUUGCCUUCACCUCACUCGCUGUGAUGGCCGAUGCGGCAGCAGUGCGUCGUUCCCCGAAACUAGUGAUCAAAGAAUCGGUCAACGUGCCUGCUGAUUGGGUACGAAGAUCCGAUGCUGCUGAUGACGAGCCAGUGGCUCUUCGCUUCGCUCUCAAGCAACGCGACAUUUCUUCGCUCGAAAAGAGGCUUCGUCAGACGUCUGACCCGGAACAUGAACUGUACGGUCGCCACCUUUCCGCUCAAGAGGUUGCCUCUUACCUUGAGCCUCACAAGCGAGCCGUGGACGAGGUCGAACUGUGGCUGCGCGAGGCAGGCAUCCACAUUGACGAACACCUUGCUGCUCGUUCGCUGUCCAAAGAUACCUUUACCGUGCACGUCCCCGCUCGCCAGGCGAGAAAACUGCUCAACGCCGACCUGGGCUUGUACGAGCACAAGCGUAGCGGUACCCUUGCUCUACGUUCACCCGAAUACAGUGUCCCCGAACACAUUUCAGAGCACCUUGACUACGUUGGUCCCUUGACGCUGUUCACCGAACCUCGUGGAAACAGCAACGACAUUGCUGGCAGCAAGAUCAUCGUCGAGAAGCUCGACGACAACGAGAUUACCGAUGCCAACGCCAAGGUCGCUGACGGUCAGCCCGCCGAGUGCAACCCUGCCAAAGUCACCUCUCUGUGCCUGCGAACGUUCUACAAGACGGUCAACUACGUGCCUAAAGCGGCGAGCAAGUUUCACCUGGGUAUCUCUGGUUUCUUGAACGAGUUUGCUAGCUUUGCCGAUUUCUCAGGCUACCUCUCGCAGCAACGUCCCGAUGCUGCACAGGCAGGAUACAACUUUACCGUGCAGAGCAUCGCGGGGGGACUCAACACGCAGAGCGACCCGGGAUCCGAAGCCAACUUGGACGUGCAAACGGUGGGUGGCAUCAGUUUCCCCAUCCCGUUCACCUACUACACCACUGCUGGAUCGCCGCCCUUCAUCCCGGAUAAGAAUACAGUCAACAACACCAACGAGCCAUACGAGUUGCAGAUGAACUACCUCCUCUCGCUGCCGGACGACAAGCUUCCCAAGGUGCUUUCGACCUCGUACGGCGACGAUGAACAGGCGGUUCCCAAGGCGUAUGCGCUGAGGGUGUGCAACUAUAUUAUGGCUUUGGGAGCGCGCGGUGUGACUACCGUGUAUUCUUCGGGUGACAGUGGUGUUGGUCCUGACGGAUUGUGCAUUUCCAAUGGAGCUUACUCGCGCAAGGGGAAAGCGACGUUCUUGCCCGCCUUCCCUGCCAGCUGCCCAUUUGCUACCACUGUGGGAGCUACGCAGAACUUUGCACCAGAGAUCGCGGUGGAUGGCGACUUGCCUGGCUUCUACUCGGGCGGUGGAUUCAGCAACCUCUUCCCGACGGCUUGGUACCAGGCUGACGCCGUGUUGCCGUACGUCAAGUCGCUGGGUAACAAGUACCAGGGGCUGUACAACCGUUGGGGUCGUGCGUACCCGGACGUAGCUGCUCAGGGUUCGAGAUACGUGAUCCGCAUCGGGGGCGCCAACUACCUCAUCUACGGUACCUCGGCUUCGGCGCCUACAUUCAGCUCGGUGAUUGGCCUGCUGAACGACGACAGGAUCAGCAAAGGCAAGCCUUCGCUUGGCUUUAUCAACCCAUUGAUCUACAAGCGCUGGAUCGGCACACGCGCGUUGAACGAUAUCACACAAGGUAGCAGUGUGGGUUGCAACACCACUGGUUUCCCUGCGGCCAGUGGUUGGGAUGCGGUUACCGGUGCAGGUACUCCGAACUUUUUGGAGUUGCAAAAGCGGUUGCCUUAA